CACCUCGCUAACGGACUCGCACCAGAGCGAUGGCGGGGCCACCAAAGUUCCACUGCAGCAUGUGCUCGCACUCUUUUGAGUCCAAGAUGGCCCUUAGCCAGCAUGUCCAGAACCAUCCCGACGCAGCUCGCGCAUCGUACGAGUGCGCAGUGUGCAAAUGGGAGUUUCGUGACUCACUAGCUCUGGCAGCACAUGAGAUUCAGAAUGGGCACGGCGCCUCAAACGUGUCGAACCAGCUCUCGGGUGGUCUGAAGGCUCUCAGUGGUGUAUCGACGGAGCAACAUGCGUGCGACAGAUGCUCAAAUACCUUCAGAACCCAGCAAGAGUACAACGCCCAUCGUUCGUUCCCCGAUGGACCUUGCUGUGACCACAAGACGAAGAGGCCUCCGAAACUGCAACUCGCCUACAGGGGCUUCGUCGACGCGGACAAGCCUGAGCCCGAGCCCAAGCCCACAGUCAGUGAGGUCCUUGGUUACGACGACUUCUCCGACACUCCGAGUGCCCUCAGCGCGAACGACCUCUACUGUCAUGACUGCAAAGAAGCCUUCCCAAGCCAAGCCAGGUUUAAUCGUCAUUUCCUGGGAUGUGCAGGUCAAUCUACUGAAGUAUAUCAGCCUCAUAUUUCAUCGACCCAAGCGCGCCAUACCCUCAGUGUUCGGGUCCCGGCACCACAGCUUCCGCAGACGGUUGUCCAGGGCGCGCAGCCCAUGCCUCGCCAGGUUAUCACGAUGAACGUUGGACGGCCGGUGCUUCGACAGAAUCCCAUACAUACACCAGCGUCUCUCUCAGGAUCUUCUCGCCCUCCGGAUCCGACAAACUCUCUCGCCACCUCCACAACAGAUCCUCCUACCUUCGUGUGCGGCAUCAGUGGCUGCCACAAGACGUACCGGUCCGAACAGGGCCUGAAGGUGCAUCAUACUGACGUGCAUAGUGUUGGCGGACAAGGCCUGGACCUGCACGGCAGGGACUCGUGGAUGCUCAGUCAGCAGACGCGCGAGCAGCUGAAGGCUCAAGGCCUCCUUCACCAGCCACCAGGCGCUUCUCAAGUCUCUUCGCAACGUCGUGGUCGCGGUGAACGAUCUGCUCCCGCUUCUACCAGGCCUCCCCCAUCCCAAGCGCCUGCUCGACACACACCUCACGCACCAGCUCGCGCUCCAGCUCCCUUGCCUACCAGCCAGAACAUGGGCGGCCUCGCAGAGAUGGAGCAAGCCAAGUUCAUCCAGGAUAAGAUACUACGCCUUCGCCUGCAGACCGACAUCUACAUCCACCACGAUGGCAAGCUCACGGUCAGCGGCAUGAACUGGACGCGUAUAGGUGUAGCUAGGCAGCCUGAUUGUGUGAGCAUGUUCGACCAAAUGUGCCAUCUUCCCAAGAUCCUCCAAGACAUCGAGUACAUCCCACCGCCGAAGACUUUCAAGGCCGAAUAUUCAAUCCAAUAUCCUGUAUCCGACUUCAAGCAGUCCCCGGAGCACAACCGAGCACAGCCUGGUCUUAGUGUUAUCGCCAUGUCAUGCAGCAAGAUCGUUCUCGCAGAUGGUCGCCAAGAGGUGGUCAAGAUUGCCGCCGUGGACGUCAGUUCCUGCCGAGUUCUCAUGAGCAACCUGGUUUGCACAGAUCCCGCCGCACAAGUCGCAAACUGGCGUACACCAGAGACUGGGUUAUCCAGCUUUGUCGACAUGGAGGACGCGCGGCAGACGGGAUACAAGAUCUUCAAGGGCUGGACCGCUGCUCGCUCCGCGUUGUGGACGUUCAUCGACAGGGAGACCAUCAUCGUUGGACACAACCUGCGCUCCGACCUCGACGCGUUGCGCAUGAUUCACGGACGGGCCGUUGAUGUCGCGAAGUUGGUCGAGAAGGCAGCCAACGGACCACUGUCGAUGGCCCAGCUCAGCCUCGAGAGCUUGACUCGCACCUCCUGCCCAGGCGCCGUAUUGAAGAACGAUCCUAUUUUCGGUCGCGACGUUCUGGCCAACGCCUUUGCAGCUCGCGAAUUUGGACUGUGGGUCAUGAAGAACAAGGAGAAGUUCGAACGGGAGGCUCGACAGAAGAGUCUGGAUUACCAGUCGGUGACGCCAACGAGGGCUUGA